CCUCACAACUCUUCACAUAUCUAUAAGCUAAACUUAGGUUGCACGUAGCACAUGCGAUGGACUUAAUCACAAGCAUGGUAGCAGAGAAGCCAGUGGUAAUAUUCAGCAAGACCAGCUGUUGCUUGAGCUACUCCAUCAAGUCACUCAUAAGCGGUUUUGGGGCUCAUGCCACUGUGUAUGAGAUCGAUCAAAUAAGCAAUGGGAUGCAGAUAGAAAGGGAAUUGAUUGAAUUGGGAUGUCAACCAAGUGUACCUGCUGUGUUCAUAGGCCAAAAGUUCAUUGGUGGUGCCAACCAUAUCAUGAGUCUCCAUGUCCGGAACGAGUUAGUGACUCUGCUCAUGAAUGCCAAAGCCAUUUGGAUUUGGAACAAAAAGUGAUCCCCGGAAAUCCAGUUUGUAGUGUCAUUUUGAACGUUAUAGAUUUUAGGCAUAAGCAUGUUUCUCUAUCCAGUUCUCACAAGAACGAGAAUCAGUGUUCUGUGUUCUAUAGAGCCUGAACUAGCUUGUAUGUACUUUUAUGUUUUGCAUCUUCUUGCUGGGCCAUAAAUUCAAGCCACCACCUAUAAUUGUACUACUCAUAACCAUAUACAA